AGUCUCGGGUUCUCUGGGCUCCUCGGGGCAUUCCUCGCACCUCCCGCUCCGGCUCCGGCAACCUAGACGCGAGAGCAGCGACCCUGACCCGGACAGUAUGUCUGACAAGCGGCCAGCAGCGGACACCCAAUCCCGGCGGCUCCCCGACUCCUUCAAGGAUAGUCCCAAUACAGGCCUUGGACCCUGUGGAUGGAUUUUGGUGGCUGUAUCAUUCUUGUUCACAGUUUUAACCUUCCCAUUGUCGAUAUGGAUGUGCAUAAAGAUCAUAAAAGAAUAUGAAAGAGCCAUCAUCUUUAGACUGGGUCGCAUUUUACAAGGAGGAGCCAAAGGACCUGGCCUGUUUUUCAUUCUGCCGUGCACUGACAGCUUCAUCAAAGUGGACAUGAGAACCAUCUCGUUUGAUAUUCCUCCUCAGGAGAUCCUCACUAAGGACUCAGUGACCAUCAGCGUGGACGGCGUGGUCUAUUACCGCGUGCAGAAUGCUACCCUGGCCGUGGCGAACAUCACCAACGCCGACUCGGCAACCCGUCUUCUGGCCCAAACCACUCUGAGAAACGUCCUAGGCACCAAGAACCUUUCCCAGAUCCUCUCUGACAGGGAGGAAAUCGCACACAACAUGCAGACUACCCUGGACGAUGCCACUGAUGACUGGGGAAUAAAGGUGGAGCGGGUGGAAAUUAAGGAUGUGAAGCUACCCGUGCAGCUCCAGAGAGCCAUGGCCGCAGAAGCAGAGGCGUCCCGCGAGGCCCGAGCCAAGGUCAUUGCAGCUGAGGGAGAAAUGAAUGCGUCCAGAGCUCUGAAGGAAGCCUCCAUGGUCAUCACGGAAUCUCCCGCGGCCCUUCAGCUCCGGUACCUUCAGACACUGACCACCAUCGCUGCCGAGAAAAACUCGACCAUUGUCUUCCCUCUGCCCAUAGAUAUGUUGCAAGGCAUCAUAGGGGCAAAAAAGUGAGCCACAUAGGCCGAGGCAGAGAUGAGCUCUUCCCUCCUAAGGAUGAAGUGGGGACCAAACCAGCCUCUAACCCAUAAGGAGGGAGAAGGGCAGGAACCUUGACUACUCUCCCUCCCUUCCCUUUUCUGUAUGUUGACUCUGAUGUUCUUAGGCUGUACAGUGAUCCUAGCGACAAAUGGAGAUUGUUAGCUUGUAAAUACUGUGCAAGAGAGAGAGGCGAUUUACGUAGCAUAGUCUCCUACUCUAAAAUAUUUUCAAGUUCCUGUUUUUAGAUCGUUGUGUAGUGGGUUAAAUCCCUCUUCUUUCAACUUUCAUUGCGUCAUUCUGCACCCUCUGUCAGCAGCCAGGCCAAAGCAAGAAGAUAGACUGUCACCACCACCUGUCACCCUGGCUGGACAAAUGUUUUACAGAGAACAGUGACCUUGGGCUACAGCCAGCUUCUCUGGGCCAAAUGUGCCUUACUUCCAGGGAGUCUCAAUUAAGGAAGUUUUCCUAACAUCUGUUUACUUUCAAAACUCAAACCAUGUUUCAAAAUAAUCCUUACUUGAGCGUAGACAUUUUCUUGCCAGUACCUGUCAGUACUGGAGGAAAUGGUCGAGAUCAAGGAAAAUGAUUAUUUAACUCGAAAGACUUUUACACUCACUGUGAUGGAGGUCCUUUUAAAAUAAUGUAGUUUUUUUUUUAACUUCUUUGAAGCCCCUUGAUAGGGAAGUGAUUCCUCUGUGGUCUUUCAAACCAGCCGAAUGCUUGUCACAAAUGUGCUUUUCUUCCUUCACUUUUGCCUAUUUUCAUAUAUCAGGUUUUAACUAGUUUUGGUUGUUUUAAACAAAAUUCUCUCUAAAUUCUAUAUGUAGCUGUUUAUAUACCCGUUUCGAUAGCUUAAGGACUAAUACUUUUUAAAAACAAAUCUUCAGAAAACCAUUAUAUUUUACUGUCUGCAUGCUAUCUCUUGUGCGCUGUGAACUGUCUUGGUUACCAUUCAUUAAGUAGUAUAAGGAAUUCACGGACUUGGGCACACGGUAUCCCAUGAGACUGAGAAGACGCUGUCAAACUUAGGACAUCAAAAUAGAUACAGCUCUUUUUUUAUUGCCUAGUAGUCAUUCUUUUUCUGUCGUGUAUGUUGAUGCUGAAGAAGGAAGUGGUCAGCCCUUCUGAACCCUCGUUGCUGUAUCCGUAAUAUUAGGAAGCGGCUUCCGUUUCACAAAUGCGUGUGACUCUGAGUAACCUGGAGCUCUUCCUUCUGGUCUGGAAGGCUGGCUGGUGACAUUUGUACCACUUCCUCUUCGAAGCUCUGAGUUCACCUCAAGAAGUCUAAGGAUAGCGGCUUCCUUACCCAGAGCCAUCUUUCAUAUCUGUCCUGAGCUGGGUCACUGUCAUUGCCAGCCUACGAGCAUCCCCUGCCCUGUCGCCCAUUCCCCAAGCUUAUCUUACAAAGCCUGGAACCACCCUGGACCCAGUUUCCUGGCUGAGAUCAUUAGAUGGAUGUGGAGCAUUUUGGCUUGGAACUCAAGCUGCAUCUGUAUUUUGAAUUUUAAAGUAAUGAUUUUCUCUCUUUUGUGAGGUGGCUCAUCCUGGGCCACUGAGGACCAGGAAACAACCACAUCUCCUGGCUGAAAAUCGCUUCUCAGACUCAAGAGUAUCAGUGCUUUCUGUUCGUUGAGUUCCCCUGUCUCCAGAUACUAGAUAACCUUUGCUCUUCUGCCUUGUGGAUUCAUAAACCAGUGGGUUGGAAUUAAAUUGCUUGGGAGGGAGGAAGCAUUGAAGGAAGGAGCUCGAGGAUGACAGUGUUAGUGCAGGAAUUUUUUCCAAGUGGCCUCCCUUUCCAAUGUCGUAUGUAAUAAAGCGUUCACAUUUAUUACUCA